CUUGAACACUGUCAUGUCAUCGCCUGCGCCUGCACGACUGGCCCAAUUGGCCCAGCUUUCUUGCAAAGUGUUUGAGAAUGUCUAUAACCCUACGGCUGUACGUACCGGCAACAAAAUCUUGCGCCAACGUCUUGUUGGCCCCACAUUCACACAAUACCAUCCCAAACAACUUGUCCACUUCCGUGACAUCAAAGCCUUGUUCCCCGAAUUAAAUCUCAUCAAUACCGAAGAAAAGGAACGAUUAGACGAAAUUGCACGAAGAAAGAGACGAGGCAAAGGAGCUCCCAAGAAAGGUAAUCCAAGUUACUGGAAUCGAUGAGUGCUAUAUGUUUUCAUUCCCUUUCCGAUCACCUGUCACUCACACUCUUGUUUUUUAAUCUGUCCAGGUCAAGGCAAACGUGCAUCGAACAAGAAACGAUAAACAGCCAUCUUCAUUUGUUUCCUUUCUCUUCAAUAAACAAUUUAGAUCACGGUUAUUUUUGUACAGUCAUUCCUCCAUCG